ACACCCACUCUCUCCAUGGAAGUGACUUGAAUUGUCAAUUCAGGAAUGGUUCAUGUAUAAUUUUGGAUGUGCCUGGUUAGGAUGAGUUAUUAAAAUGCUCACUGGUGACUACCAAUAGAUCUUCAGCUUGCUCUCUCAUCCCCUUGGAUUCUUACAUAGUUUGUGCUAAUCUGGGCACUUUGGAUUAUUUUUAAUCAUUUCAACUACCGCUACUGCCUUCCAGGGCAAGGCAGGAAUAUAUUCCAAUCUUUGUACUUUGCUUGGAUAUUCACACUGACUUUCAUGUCUUAGUGCUUGGAUUUUUGGAGAAAUAUCUGAGGAUUAUUUGAGAUUUUUCAGUUGAAUUUGAAAGAUUUCUCCCCUGGAUAAUACAGGUGGAUGACAUUAAUCAUGAAGAACACACAGAUUCUAUCAGUAGCAUUCCUAGUGUUACUAUCAGCCAUCUGCAAAGCUAGGCCAGCCAACAGAACACCAAAUACAAUAUCAAACUCAGUCUAUCAAGUCGGUGCUCACACAAUUCUCGACCUGGUCGUCGACAAACUCAACAGAUUACAAGAAGAGAUGGAUCAACUUAAACAACAACAAAUCAUGACGCUUGAAACGAGAGAGGGAACAUAUUCAGAUUCUUCAGUAAUUCAAAGAAUAGUUGGUCCACCACCCCUAGACUGCCAUGAAGUAAGACGUAGAGAACCAAGGGCUGACAGCGGUGUCUACAUGAUCAAACCAAGAGGUCAGUUUGAUGCAUUACCCAUCUACUGUGAGAUGGACAAAGAAGGAUUUGGUUGGACAGUCUUCCAAAGACGGAAGGACGGAUCCGAAGACUUCAACCGCAACUGGCGCGACUACUCGCGAGGGUUCGGCAAUGUGAGCGCUGAAUUUUGGCUUGGCAAUGAAUUCCUCCACCACCUGACUAUGCAGUAUCAGUACAUCCUGCGCGUAGAGGUAACCGACUGGUUCAAUAGGAAAUACAUCGCGGAUUACGCUGGUUUUGAAGUGGACAGCAAGAGAAACGAUUUCAGAAUGACCGUUGAGGAAUUCCUCGGAGGCAAUGCGACCGACGCACUGACCUACCACAGCGGGAGCAAAUUUACGACGACGGAUAAAGAUAAUGAUGAUAGUGAUGGUGUAAAUUGCGCAAUCGUACACCACGGGGGAUGGUGGUUUCAAGCUUGUGAUCGAUCUAAUCUCAAUGGAUUGUAUUAUCACGAUGGUACUUACGGUGGUGAAUGGGACGACGGCAUAGAGUGGAAAGAAACGGACGGACCGCCGUUUUACUCUUACAAGGAAACUAAGAUGAUGCUAAGACCAUGGGAAUAAUCAGGACAUUUUCGGAACAAU